AUGUCUUCCCCAUAUUCUCUUUCGCCCUCUCCGUUCGCUACUUUGCAGAUCAAUCUCACACCUACUCUUGGGCUUGCAUUUGUCGGGAUGGUUCUUGCAUCAAUUCUUUAUGGGUUUACAGUCCUACAAACAAUAUCCUACUAUCGGAGGUAUCCCAAUGAUCGACUAUCACUAAAGAUCCUGGUUGGAGCCUUAUGGUCCCUUAACACUACGUCACUGGCGUUCAAAGUGUCUGGUCUCUACACCUGGUUGGUCCUUGAUUACGCACAGGUUCUUCUCCUUCCAGACGUCCCUUGGGGUAUUUAUAACGAACCUGCCAUCGUGGCAGUGAUCGCACUCGCUGUAAACUUCUUCCUGUCUGCCCUCUUACCGCAAACCACCGAUCAGAUUGCGCGCGUCCUCGCGCAGAACGGUGCUACUGCAACGACCUCAUACACGUCAACAUCAGGAGCGUUCCUGGUCGGCGCGGAUCGACAAGGCCCGUCUCCGUCGCUCAUCCCCCAUGGCACCAUCCCGCAGCCCGCUGGAAUCGUCACGCCCUCCACCGUCGGCCCUGAUACCGCGGCUAUAUCCGUCCUUAUGCAGACCACAGAGGGAUCAAACGCAGCGACGCCGAAGAAGCAACCCAAGCGUCCCAUCGCUUCGUUCUCCGCCCUCUUCGCGCAGCCCCAGGGUUACGUCUUAGGAGGUGAUUUUGCGCAGGGUGCACCUGGCGGGUCUACUGCCCGGUCUGGCGGGGUGCAUUAAGCUUGCGCUCGAGGGGUUGCCGAAGGAGUUGGUUAGUGUAGUCGUUUCACCUUUCUCCCUCGUUCACGGUGUAUACUGAGACUCUCUUAAUCGUUUGAAGAACAUCCAUGCACAGAGUGAGGCUGAUUCGCUGGCCGUCAUUAUCAUUUCGAACUACCAGUAUCAACUCUAUUCUUAUCUCCUUUCUC